CUGGUUUUUCUCUCCCUCACCAGUGAUCUCUCUCUCUCUCUCUCUCUCAAACCCAUAAAGCCGGCGAAACUUUUCUCUCUGCCGCACCGCCAACCCACCAAAUUGUCUGUUCCUUUUCCUCUUCUUUACAAAAGCCAAAAGCAUCCAAUUGCAUGUUGGAUUUAAGCUCGUAUUCCACGAAAUCGGUGAGGAGGCAGUUUGUGUUCUUGAACUUCACCGGCGAGAAUCGAAGUCUUGGCAAGCUCUCCUCUUUGAUUUUGGCUAAGUGGAUAACAACGCGUGCGGUUUAUACUCCGUUAGUGAAACUGCAGGUGAAGGUCCACAAGGUGGAUGGAAGAAACUCCGUACAAACAUAUAUGAAAUUCCUUUAUAUUUUCGACAUCUUGACAAGCUUACAUCCCUGGAUCUGUCCAGGCAGUCCAGCUGUGAUUUGCGGGAAUUACCACUUAAUUUGGAAUACUACAAUCUGCCAGAUUGUCGUCUUCUUGAUUGAAUUGAUAAUAGUAUCUACAAAUUAAGUAGUCUUAAUUUUUAAUGUUCAAUUCUGUGAUGCAUGGCCUACCUUCUAAUAUGGUUUAUGCUCUUUGAGGGAACUUACCAUCAGAGGAAGUGUACAAAUUCCUGAUGGUCUCAUUUGCUUGUCCACAUUGCACAUUCUAAAUUUAGAAGAGAACGAUUGAGAGCGUAUCGAAAGCAUCAAAGAUGUUUAUGGCCUCGUAUUCUGAAGUUAAGCAGAUGCAUCGAGCUUCAAUCCAUACCAGAGCUCCCAGCGCUACUAGCAAUUUUGGAGGCAGAUGGGUGCACGUCAUUGCAGAGUGUGGCAAGUGCAACAACGGCCGUAGAUCAAUUCAGAGACCAUUAUUACCGCGAAGACCGUCUUAUCUUCAUCGAUUGCGAAGAUUUGAAUGAGAUUUCAAGAAGCAACAUAAUGGAUGAUGCACGGAUUAGAAUUAUGCGAAUGGCAUCAUCGGGAUUUCAUAAGAAAGAUCUCGAUUGUCGAUACGGACCAUUACCCCCGAGGAGGAUACGGUUAGAGUCAUCUACCCGGGAAAUGAAAUUCCGGAAUGGUUUAACUAUAGGGCGGAGGGUUGUUCGGUAGAAUUUGAGUUUUCUUCAGAUCGGUUUCAUAUGACAUACUGCUUGGGUUUGGCUCUAUGCGUUGUGGUGGCAGUGGAACCGAAUCGUCAUUUGAGUUUAGUUAUGAGUGGAAUUAUGUAACCAACUGUGGUGAAUGGACUCAAGGCUAUGGAAACUCAUUUGGAGACACUGGCAUCAAGAGGCUAUACGCAGAUGAGGAGAGUCAGGAAACAGAUCAUGUGUUAUGGUCCUUUAUCAAGGGAAAUCAUUCAAGUGCAGUAGCCAGUCCCGUUCCUUUCACAGAGUACGGUAAAGCGUCUUUUCACUUCCACUCCCAAGAUGGCAAAUUGAAGGCAUGUGGUGUUCGCUUGUUGUGUGAUGUCCCUUUGCAGGAGUUGGAAGGACCCCAUGAAGAGAAUGAAGAGGCUGGAUAUGAAGAGGAGGAAGACCCCUUGGAUUUUGAAGAAGCGCUGGACUUUAUGAUGGAAUCUGAUAAUGAAACCCGGGACGGAAUCACUUCUGAUGAUGACCCUAAGUCCCCAACCCAUGAGCAUUAACUUGGAACCACCCAGGGUUGAUCUUAUAUUCACUGUCUAAUUUUCUAUUUUUCAUUACUCUAUCGCUAAGGACGUUUUAGGACUAGUUUGAGAUUACACCUUUAAGAUUUUUUUUUGGUCUGA